AUGGUGAAGAGCAGCAGCAGCAGCAUCAAGAAGCAAUACAAGGGAGUGAGGAUGAGGAGUUGGGGUUCAUGGGUUUCGGAGAUCAGGGCUCCAAAUCAAAAGACUAGGAUCUGGUUAGGCUCCUACUCGACCCCUGAAGCAGCAGCACGCGCUUAUGAUGCCGCUCUCCUGUGCCUCAAGGGCUCCUCAGCCUCCCUCAACUUCCCGCAAGAUCACGUCAGCAGCAACAACAAUGGUCCCAGUCCUCCGUCCGCCUCCACUCNCAGCAUCGUCGACUGA